CGCCAUUUUGUGUUCAGAGCCGCUACAGCUGCCGGCGGUGUGGGAAGUAGGUGGCGGAGACAGGAAGCCCAGGAUGGCGGAGACUCUGGCAGGGCCGGGCGACUCGGGUUCUGACACGGCCGCCGUCGACUCGAACGCCUCAGAGACCGGGACGCGGCGGCUCAGCGAUCUGCGGGUUAUCGACCUGCGGGCGGAGUUGAAGAAGCGGAACCUGGACACGGGUGGCAACAAGAGCGCCCUGAUGGAGCGGCUCAAAAAGGCUGUUAAGGAAGAAGGGCAAGAUCCUGAUGAACUUGAUAUAGAGUUAGAUGUCACCAGCAAGAAGACAACAAAGAAAUGUGUUAAAGGACAGAAGAUAGAGGAGGAAGGCACAGAAGAUAAUGGCCUGGAGGAAGAUUCCAGAGACGGGCAGGAGGAUAUGGAAGCAGGUUUGGAGAACUUGCAGAAUAUUGACAUGAUGGAUAUUAGUGUGCUAGAUGACACCGAAGUUGAUAAUGGCAGUGCUCCAGACUUUGGGGAAGAUGGCACAGACAGCAUUCUCUAUUCCCUUUGCGACAGCAAAGACUACGUGGCUGCACAGCUGAGACAACUUCCAACUCAACUCACAGAACAUGCUGUGGAUGGGGAAGGCUUCGGGGACACUUUGGAUGCUUCGUCACUGGACUUCAAAGUAACUCCGGAUAUUGAAGAACCUCUAUUGGAGCCAGAAAAUGAGAAAAUACUCGACAUUUUGGGGGAAACUUGUAAAUCUGAGCCAGGAAAAGAAGAAGGUUCCGAGCUGGAGCAGCCAUUUGCACAGGAAACAAGUAGCGUGGGGCCAGACAGAAAGCUCGCGGAGGAAGAGGACCUUUUUGACAGCGCUCAUCCGGAGGAGGAGCAGGAGGAGGGUGAUUUAGAUUUGGCCAGCGAGUCAACACACGCUCAGUGGAGCAAGGCAGACAGCCUGUUAGCGGUAGUGAAAAGGGAGCCGGAGGAGCAGACAGGCGAUGGCGAGAGGACGGACUGUGAGCCUGUAGGGCUAGAGAAGCCAGUUGAGCAGAGUAGUCAAGCCGCAGAGGACGCGGACGCCUCUGGCGAGGAGGUGGCAGAAGCGCCCCGGGAAGCCUCAAGCCCUGAGCCCAGAGAUAGCAAAGAAGACGUGAAGAAGUUUGAUUUUGAAGCUUGUAAUGAAGUCCCUGCGGCUCCUAAAGAGUCCUCAACCAGUGAGGGCGCUGAUCAGAAAAUGAGCUCUUUUAAGGAAGAAAAAGAUAUAAAGCCAAUCAUUAAAGACGAAAAAGGUCGUGUCAGCAGCAGUUCUGGUAGGAACCUGUGGGUUAGUGGACUGUCUUCAACCACACGAGCGACUGAUCUGAAGAACCUUUUCAGCAAAUACGGAAAGGUCGUCGGGGCCAAAGUGGUCACCAAUGCCCGCAGUCCUGGGGCGCGCUGCUAUGGCUUUGUCACCAUGUCGACGUCGGACGAGGCUACCAAGUGCAUUAACCACCUUCACAGAACAGAGCUGCACGGAAGAAUGAUCUCCGUAGAGAAGGCCAAAAAUGAACCUGCUGGGAAAAAGCUGUCUGAGAGAAAAGAGUGUGAAGUGAAGAAGGAAAAAUCAUCUAGUGUUGACAGGCAUCAUUCUGUGGAGAUCAAAACUGAAAAAACCAUAAUUAAGAAGGAAGAGAAGAGCGAGAGAAAGGAGGAAAAGAAGCCUGGAGACAUUAAAAAAGAAGAAAAAGACCAAGAUGAGCUGAAACCUGCACCUCCCAGCCGGUCCAGAGUCACGAAAUCAGGAAGCAGAGGAAUGGAGCGGACAGUCGUGAUGGACAAGUCCAAAGGCGAGCCCGUCAUCAGCGUGAAAACCACGAGCAGAUCCAAAGAGAGAAGCUCCAAGAGUCAGGACCGCAAGUCAGAAAGCAAAGAGAAGAGAGACAUCUUGUCGUUUGAUAAAAUCAAAGAGCAGCGGGAGCGCGAGCGCCAGAGGCAGCGGGAGCGGGAGAUCCGGGAGACGGAGAGGCGGCGGGAGCGGGAGCAGCGGGAGCGGGAGCAGCGCCUGGAGGCCUUCCACGAGAGGAAGGAGAAGUCCCGGCUCCAGCGGGAGCGCAUGGAGCUCGACUGCCAGCGGCAGCGGCUAGAGCGUGAGCGCUGGGAGCGGGAGCGGCUGGAGCGCGAGCGCAUGCGUGUGGAACGUGAGCGCCGGAAGGAGCAGGAGCGCAUCCACCGCGAGCGCGAGGAGCUGCGGCGCCAGCAGGAGAAGCUGCGCUACGAACAGGAGCGGCGGCCAGCCUUCCGGAGGCCCUACGACGUGGAUGGCCGGCGAGAUGAUGUCUACUGGCCAGAAGGAAAACGGGCGGCGCUGGAGGACAGAUACCGCUCAGACUUCCCGCGGCCAGAGCACCGCUUCCACGACUUCGACCACCGCAGCCGGGGCCAGUACCAGGACCACGUGGUUGACAGGAGGGGAAGUUCCAGGUCACUGAUGGGUGAGCGAGACGGGCAGCACUACUCCGAUGAGCGCCACAGUCACGGGGGGCCCCCAGAGCGCCACAGCCGGGACUCCCGCGACGGCUGGGGGGGCUACGGCCCGGACAAGAGGCUGAGUGAAGGCCGGUCGCUGCCGUCUGCACCCAGGGGUGGACGCGACUGGGGAGAGCACAGCCAGAGGCUAGAAGACCACCAGGACCGCGCCUGGCAGGGCAGCGUGGACUCGAGCACGGCCGGCCGAGACCACGCGCGGUGGCAAGGAGGUGGUGAGAGAGGCCCGUCAGGCCCUGCGGGGCCGGGGCAUGUGGCGAGCCGGGGCGGCAUGUCGGGGUAAGGCGUGUUGUCCGAGGAGGAGAGUGCUUCGUUCCUGCUACUUCCGCCCCCUUUUGUGUGUGUUCACCUUGCCGGGUUGUGUGUUUUGGGCACAUAGCGUCCUCGCCCUGCAGCCCCCGGAACGCACGGCGUGCCUACGGGGUCUCUCGCCUGGAGAAAGCCAGUGUGCCCGGGGCUGCCGCGGGCACCGAGCAGUGUGGCCGAGAAACGCGGAGCGCUUCAAGGGACCCUUCCUACUUUGUUCCUAGGCGAGGCGGCUUUGCACAGGGUGGACAUUCCCAGGGCCACGUGGCGCCAGCUGACGAACUGGAAGGUGGAGGACUGGCCGGCCAGGAC